UCCGGGCCCCCGGCGGCGGCGGCGCUGCGGAGGUUCGCUUGGAGAAGCGGCACGCAGGUGUGCGGGUGGCCGAGCGGACGCGCCUGAGCGCCGCGCGUCCCGAGCAUGGCGGGCUCGCUGCCUCCCUGCGUGGUGGACUGUGGCACCGGGUAUACCAAGCUUGGCUACGCAGGCAACACUGAGCCCCAGUUCAUUAUUCCUUCAUGUAUUGCCAUCAGGGAGUCAGCAAAGGUAGUCGACCAAGCCCAGAGGAGAGUGUUGAGGGGAGUUGAUGACCUUGAUUUUUUCAUAGGGGAUGAAGCCAUUGAUAAACCUACGUAUGCUACAAAGUGGCCAAUACGACAUGGAAUCAUUGAAGACUGGGAUCUGAUGGAAAGGUUCAUGGAACAAGUAGUUUUUAAAUAUCUUCGCGCCGAGCCUGAAGACCAUUAUUUCUUGAUGACAGAACCUCCCCUGAACACUCCAGAAAACAGAGAAUACCUUGCAGAAAUUAUGUUUGAGUCAUUCAAUGUCCCAGGACUCUACAUUGCAGUUCAGGCAGUGCUGGCCUUAGCAGCCUCUUGGACAUCCCGACAAGUUGGUGAACGCACCUUGACAGGGAUAGUCAUUGACAGUGGGGACGGCGUCACGCAUGUCAUCCCAGUGGCAGAAGGUUAUGUAAUUGGAAGCUGCAUCAAACACAUCCCGAUUGCAGGUAGAGAUAUUACGUAUUUCAUUCAACAGCUGCUAAGGGAGAGGGAGGUGGGAAUCCCUCCUGAGCAGUCACUGGAGACCGCAAAGGCCAUUAAGGAGAAGUACUGUUACAUUUGCCCUGACAUAGUAAAGGAAUUUGCUAAAUAUGACAUAGAUCCUCGGAAGUGGAUCAAACAAUACACGGGUAUCAAUGCCAUCAAUCAGAAGAAGUUCAUUAUAGAUGUUGGUUAUGAAAGGUUCCUGGGACCUGAAAUCUUCUUUCACCCAGAGUUUGCCAACCCAGACUUUAUGGAAUCCAUCUCAGAUGUUGUGGACGAGGUGAUCCAGAAUUGUCCCAUUGAUGUGCGGCGCCCACUGUAUAAGAAUGUCGUCCUUUCAGGAGGUUCUACAAUGUUCAGGGAUUUCGGACGUCGGUUACAGCGAGAUCUAAAAAGAGUGGUGGAUGCCAGAUUAAGACUGAGUGAAGAGUUGAGUGGCGGCAGAAUCAAGCCGAAGCCUGUGGAGGUGCAGGUGAUCACGCAUCACAUGCAGCGCUACGCCGUGUGGUUCGGAGGCUCGAUGCUGGCGUCCACCCCCGAGUUCUUCCAGGUCUGCCAUGCCAAGAAGGACUACGAGGAGUACGGCCCGGGUAUCUGCCGCCACAACCCCGUCUUCGGAGUCAUGUCUUAGUGUCUGCCUUGAUCAGCAUUCGAUCGUGCCAUAGUGGGGAGCAAGUGUCCUUCCGAACACAGCGACGUCUGGUGUUGGUGUC